GCCAGAUUUCAUAUUACCGGCUGAUAAGAUCCGAUCUUUCCGUGUUUGCAGUCUUCAAAUCUCUCAAACUUUACCGCCUGACUCAAGUGCGUAGAUAGAACAUGUUCUCUUACUUCGAGCCUCUACUAUCCUUAAUUAUGGCCUCUUCAUCACAGCAACCUGCGGAUUGCACCUCACAGUCCCAGAUGAGCAUUGAUCCUGCUGUUGAUGCAGAAUCAGCACCAUCUGAGGUCCUGAACUUCGAUUGCAUAUUCCGCGCGACAUAUCUGCAUAAGGGCUAGUUAGGACCAUCAGGG